AUGUCUGCCUUACUCAAUUCGCCUCUUAGACGUCGUCCAUUGGCGUGUGUGCGAUGUCGACGGCGGAAAGUCCGGUGCGACGGCGGGACACCCGCUUGCUCGAAUUGUGCCCGAGCUGGAGUGGAAUGUUUUGAAGGAACUCCGGGAUCCGCGGUUUCCAAGAGUCGACUGCAGUACCUAGAGAAUCGCGUGCGAGAACUGGAGGCCCGCGAAGAGAUCGACCCCUCGGUAAAUAUCCGAACGCAGCCGACCCCAUGGCGCCAAGAAGACCACCACAGCCAUGGCUCUGCAACACAAGUGCCCCAGCAAGAUGUCCGCCACCUGGGCCCUGCCAGGGCUAGUCAUCUAGCUGAUGCCCAUUCACCUCUAAGUCGGACGGCACAAACAGAUGAUACGCCUGGCGCCUCCCCGACGGUCUCGUCGUCGAGCCGAAUCACUCGGGACCAGCCACUAGCCCAUGAAGUGGGCUUACUCUCUUUGACCAACGCCAGCGAUCCCAAGUAUUUGGGUCCAUCAUCUGGAGUUACUUUCGCCCGUCUAAUUUAUGAAAGCGUGCCCCAGUCGCAAGGACUGCCAUUGGCGUACUCGCGACAGAAUGAUCAAGAUCAAGGGCUAAACGACCCCAGUCAAGGUCCUGUACUGUGUGAAGCGUUGCAGGUCGACCUGCCUUCCAUGGCAGAAUGUCAACAGUAUGCUGAGAUGUAUUUUGCUGCGUCGACAUUUUACCCUUUCAUAUCUCAGGAUGUCUUCUAUACCCUUCUAGGGGAGGUGUUUCGCCUCAGCAAGACAUCGACCUGGGAGAGUCGACUCCCCGUGAAACUAGCACUGGCACAGGUGUUCCUGGUCCUUUCUCUCGGUGCAAGGUCUCUUGAAAUCAAACUAUCUGGAACCUUUGGCUCUCGGGAGCUGUUUGCGACGGGCAUGUCUUAUGGCACGCAGAUCAAACUUCAUGAUAGCGUUGAAGGAGUCCAGAUUCUCUUGCUCUUGGUGCAACAUAGCUUUUAUAGCCCGGAGGGGCUUAAUGCGUGGUAUCUAUUGCAUACUAUACUCGCAAGCUGUCUUGACCUUGGGCUGCAGCGCCGUGAUAAUAGUAGUAAGGAGAAUGAAUCUUCAUAUCAGCGAAACAUACGGCAUCUACGAAGUGCGAUCUUUUGGUCAGCGUACUCCUUGGAUCGCACCCUGACUACGAUACUUGGUCGCCCGCUUACAUUGCGAGAUGAAGCGAUCGAUAGGGAAUUCCCCGGAUUCAACAGCAAUGAUGAAGUUGAAGAGGCGGCCACAUGCUGGGACCGGAACCCUGACUCUCAAGACGCAGCAUCGAUCUCAGGACGGGCCCCGACCUCGUACACUGCCUGCAUCUACUCUCUGCGUUUUGACCGGAUCGUUGCAGAGAUUAAACUAAUGCUGUAUCGAGUUUCCAGAUCACCGAGUCGCUUCCCUUGGCCGACAGACGUAAGUGCAUGGCAACAGGAAGCGCAAAGAGCUUGUGUUGCUCUUAUCCAAGAGGUGCAAGAUCACCAACCGGGCCGUCUGCAGAGUGGCUCCAGUCCACUCUCCGGGGUUGCCGUUCAACGACUCGAACUCAAAUACCACCAAUGCAUUAUGCUCCUCUAUCGUCCAAGUCCGCAGAUGCCCCGGCCCGAUCUAGAUGCCGUUCAAGAGUGUUUCACUAGCGCCAUGGAGAUUAUCGCGAUCUAUGCAGACCUGCAUCGCUUUUCGAACAUGGAAUGCUCAUGGCUAUCAGCGCAUUCUAUAUUCGUGGCCUCGAUUACAGUACUCUAUUGCGUCUGGACAUAUCCGGUGGUCCGCGGCGCGACACCUAUGGAUGUUUGUCUGAAGCGAGCGGAAUUGGCGCUCCAGCUACUCUCAUUCCUGGGACAGACGUGGACGGUGGCGCAAGAGGCAGGUCAGAAGUUAGCGAAGCUGAUUAGGUUUACUAGUGAGGCAUACGAUGCUAUGGCUGGCGCUCCGGCUGAGCCUCGGCCACUCGAUGGUACUGCCUGGACUGGUAAUGAUCCGACGGGAUUCGCGCAGAGACCAAAUCAAGACAGAGCGUAUUCGGUUCAAGAGGGGUCUGCCAUGAACCCGCCUCUAGCGGAUGGGAAGAGCUUCUUAAUCGAUGAGCUUGGAAUCCUGCGUGAUCUAUUUGACCUCGGGUGGCUCGAUGACGUGCCCGACGGAAACCAAUCGUUCUUCGGACUCUAG